AUGGGUAUUUACGAGAGCGUCAUCAGCAUCUCGGCGGACGUGUUCCGGGACGCAAAUGCUGAAUCCAUACGCAGACUCCUUGAAACCGUUUUCGAGCGCAUCAAAAACACCCCCGACCUCAUCAGUCCGAACUUACUCCUGGAUACCGUGAAAAGCCUGACCUGGUAUGUCCUUGCGACUGUAUUCGGAACUGUGGGAAGCAUCUCAAGUAUCCGAGAAGCGGUAUACAGAAAUCAACUCAACGCACCAACCUUCAGCCUAGUCUGGGACCAGGCUGCUGAACUUGCGAAGUUUCUAUUAGAGCUUCUGGAAGCUGCCAAAUGCUACUAUUUGGCGGAUGGAGAGCGGGAUGAGGAUGAUGAGCAUGUGCUGUAUGCGGAGUUCAAUGAGUUGGACUUCUCGCAGCAUAUGAAUCGUCAUGCUGCGAUUUGUCAGGUUCAGAGAUUGGCGUUGUCGGUUAUCUAUAUCCUCAAGAACCUGUUCAAGCCGGUAACGUUCAGUGAGAUCAAGAUGAGUGAGGAAAGUACACUUCAGAGUGAUCGGGGUAUAGAGCUGCGAAGAACCCAUCAGACGAAGACAGUAGCGAGGUCGGCUGUGAAUAGGGCGGAAGAAAGGAAAGAGACUGGCAGAGAGACCGGCGAAAAUACCAGCGAACCGACCUCUGAAACGACCGGCAAGAAAACCAGCAAAAAAACCAGCCCAGACAGCGACGUCACAGUGGCCGCGAGACACGAGAAAUGGUUCUUUGUGAAUGGAGUUGGCGGCGAGAUAUACUGGCUACAACUUGCUUGCAACAAACUGCGGGCAAUGUUUUCCCGGGAGAUCGAGGGGAUUUUCAACAGAGGCGACGGUCUCCUCUGGGAUUUGAUCGAGUGCGCAGGGCAAAGACGCUCACAUGCACACGAUUCCGAUACAGAUGGCGACAUCGCGGAAACGGAUGUGGAUAAAAUCGUUGGAGGCCAAAAGGAUCUCAUUGACUGCACGGCUAGCAGCAGAGAAGCCCAAGCGCUUCUUCUCAGUGAGCUCCGACAGGCGUUGGAUAACAGUCCUCCAGGGCAAUAUAUCAUUAUUAUUGCCCAUUCGCAAGGAUGUCUUCUUUUGAGGAGUGUUCUGGAGAAGCUGAUCAUUGAUGCGACUGCCGACUCCAUAUUGAAAAAAAAACUGAAGGAACGUCUCUGCGUUUUCACCUUUGGGAGUCCGAGCAUGCACUGGAAGAUCCAGGAGUCGUCGUCCAGUACUCCUGCAGAUGCUCAUAUGCGGUACCUCAGUUCUCAUGUCCUCCGCACCGAACAUUUCGCGAACCGACAAGACUUUGUAGCGCAACUUGGUGUCUUAAGUGAGGGUUGCGAUUAUGGGUCGGACGAAAUCUUUAUCAAUGAGGAGAAGGACUGGAUUGGUCAUCUAUUCGGCACACAGUACAGUUUUGACCCCAACCACUAUAAGAAUACACAUUCCCAUCAUUCCUGGCUUUUGGCUUGUCGAUAUGGACGGACAAUUGAGGAGGCAAAAGCGGGACCAAUCGACUCAUCUUAG